UAUACAGUUUGAACAUUUUACACAUACAAACUUGCAAAAGUAGGUUCAUGGUAACAGAUCAUUCUUUUAAAACUAAAAACUUAUUAACUCAAGUGUACACUGUUGUUGUUUUUUGUUUAAGUUUUUAUCAGUGGUGGAUUUAAUUUCUUUAAAGGAAUAUAAGUAACAAAAGCAAGGAACUUCCUUGGUCUAACAGACUUUUAGAUCAAACUGCCAGCAUGGUGUUUGGAAGAAAGAACAACACCAAAGGCCUAGCUGCAUUGGUGAAUGGGGCAGCCAGGAUGGCAGAGCACAUGAUUGUGUUGGACCAAACAGAAGCGGCUCUGGAUCGUGAGAUUAAACGAGAGGAGCAAAGAGGGGUUCCGAAAACAACGAUCGGAAAAGUAAGACGACAGGGCGGGCAUCUGUUGCAUACAAAAUACGUCUUACUACUGGUUGUCAUUCUUAACAUCAUUGACAUUCUCCUAGUGCUUGGGGAACUCAUGCUGGAUAUCAAAUACGUCACAGACUUGCUCACCAAAGAAUACACACGCUCCAACAAUUUCAUUGCGUCAAUGAAGCAGUUAUAUCCAUUUAGACUUAGUUACCUGGAAGCAGACGACAUUCAAGGACUGGAACAAGAGAUUUUGAUUGGUCACAUCAUGUGGAAUGGGUCAGAUGACUCCAUAUUGACUGGUGGUCCUCGACAAAAAAGGCAAGACAAUGUUAACUCUAAUAGCGCAAGUAAUAUUUCGAACAAGGCUAUAGGGAAUAUAACUUUUCACAAAGGUCAAUCAUUUGUUGGUCAUGCGCAUGAGCAAAGCAUAGAAAGGAAUAUUGCAUUUGGACUGCACAAAGCAAGUAUCACGAUAUUAGGAAUCCUGUGUUUUGAGAUAUUGUUUAAGAUUUUCUGCCUUGGUUCUGAGCUUCUUCAGCACAAGUUUGAGUGUUUCGACGCAGCCAUCGUUAUAGCCUCCUUCACUGUGGACCUGAUCUUCCUUAAUGGGCUUCAACAGUUUGCUGUGCAUGAAUUUGUUUUUAUCUUAGCAUUCCUGGUUCUCUGGAGGUUUAUCAGAGUAGUCAACAGUCUGAUAGUGGCCAUCAUGGAACAUGAACACUUCCGGUUGGUGAUUCUGUACAAGCAGAAGAAAAAAACACAAGAAAAGCUUCAGGAUGCCAAGGAUGAUAUCAAGAAACUAGAGGCAUAUGUCGAGGCAUUGGAGAAGCUCUGUGCACUAUCAGGCUGUCCAGACCCCAUGAUACAGGCGAAAUUAAUCAUUUACCAGAAAGUGAAGGCCAACAGUGAUAUGAUAGGCGCCAUAUCCAACUUUGCCAUAGGUUGUCAGAUGCUCAGUCAACCUUUCAUCAACGGUAUCAUGGCUGUGGGAAAGCAGGACAUACAGAUGAAUGGAGGAAAACACGAUAUUCUGAUACCUGUUGAGGAUUUCAGUGUUCCAAAUAAAAUUGACCACUUGCCUCAGGGUAACCAUACGAUAUCGGAGCUGGCUGAUAGCAAGCUCACAGUUUGGAGAGUCAGAGUGGCGGACAGCAUGUCGCCACCCAAGAUUCACCUUGCAGUACUGGAGGAAAGAGUGAAAAUGAGCCCUGGGAUUCACACUGACUGGGACAAAAUUAUCUUGAGACUAACGAGAUGCAUAUCGACUAUCAACACGGACAGCGAGGACGUUAGUUUCUUGAAUGAGAACAAGGCUAAUUCGGAAGAAAGUACCAAAGUGACAUCAUCUGACAGGAAAGCGAGCAAUGUUGAAGACGACUCCUUGGGAAUUGCCAACAAAUUGGACCUGACCAGAACUGGCUCCUGUGAUAGUAAACAAAAACCUGACACAGACACCUUAUGUUAGGGGUAGCUCAAGAUGUGACAUUCGCACAAGAACUGAAGAAUGAGGACUUCACAGAUGAUUAUUGGCGUGAUAUGGAAAGUGUUUUGGUGAACAAUACAAUCCAAUAACUAUGAUGAUUCUUUGAUCAAACUAUUUUAUGAUGUAUAGCAAUCUUGAGUUGAACGAUUAUCGCUAUAUAUGAGGAAUUUAGCAAUAGCAAUUAGCCGAAUGUAAAAGGGGAUAAAGAUGUGCCCCAACCCUUCCAAAUUCUUAUGCCCAACCCUUUCCAAAUAUAUCCUUUUGACACAGUUGAGAUUUCAUGAGGACUUCCUUUGUGAUAUCAGCCAAAUUUGGUGUAGAUAUUUAGUUUGAAAAAUAGUAUUUUUUUGGCAGAACACUUUAUAUCAAUAAUUCUUAAUACAAUAAUUAUUGGAAAAGUAUUGAAACAAAAGACAUAAUUCUUAUAUAGGUUUUUUUUUAGAGGGAUAUUUACACACUUGCAUUGAGUUUUAAAAAUGGUUUUACAUUGGAUAUGCCAGAAAUAAGUACUAUACUUGAUAAAUAAUAUGGUGUUGCUAUUUAUAUAUAUUUUUUUCAUUAUGGAUGUUUAGGAAUGUAUACGUAACAUUAAAUUGUGCAGAAAAGGUCACAGUCAAGCACAUGUUAUACAGUCUGUACGAAGCCGAAUUUUGCACAAAGCUCUCAGUAUUAAAACCAACAUCAGCCACACUUACUUUACUUGUCUUAGUACAAGUUACAUGUAUAUUGCAAAUUGCACUUGUCCAGCACAAAAAUUCCCCCAAGUUGGUCUAGCCUGGGAUAGGAAUUCCACACCCCAGUUUCUUUGAAGCAUGCAUUGUCUUUUUGCAUGCAUCUUGUUUGUUCCUAGAUAUAAAUUGUAUCAGUGCUACUGGACCAAAUACACAAGUACUCUAGUGCUCGCUUUGGCCUUAAUUAUGUGCAAAAUCAUUAAAUACUUAUUUGUUUGGUGGCAUUGUUGAAUAAAGUUGUUGUCAGAAUAUUGAUUAACCCCAUAUUUAGCUCAUUGAUCAAUCUCAGUAACUUUUAUAUGACAUUUUGCACUGUUUUACAUUUUAUUUACCCAGUACUCAUGUUCCACUUAAAACAGUUUUGACUGAGGGUGCCAUAAUUAUAUGUUUUAUGUUUUAUUCACCAUGUUUUAUCUGCACAAA